GCCGAGUCUUAACUGAAAGUUUGCUGGGACAAACGAUCUGGAGGAGAUUGGCACUCGCUCAGCCUGGAGUCUCCUGAGCUCGAAGCCGCCGGAAUAGCAGGUCGGAGUGAGGACGAUUUGGAACCUGAAAGCCCCAAUCGGAACCCUAAGAUCGAUUCCUGACCUGGAAGGUCUCUCUUCCUCCGGAUCUCCGAAGAUGGGUGUCGGCGCGGCGCUUGAUCUGUUCGGUUGCUGUCGCCGGGUGUGAGGGGCAGCGAAAUGAGUCGGAGGUCGUCCGAUCUCAGGCGACCGUCUCGGAGACGGUGGUUCUCCAGUGCCUGGGUGUGGCUUGUAGCCGGCGGCCUCGGGGUGCUCCUGCUCCUUGUGGUGCUAAGUCGGGAGAAGCUGCCGAGAUCCACGCCGCCGUUGGCCCGCCAGAAACUCUACAACCCUAGUGUAAUUGAAGGUCUAAACGUUACUGAUGAUAUGCUUAGUCCAUACUCCUUUACAAGGCAGAUAGUAGACCAAAUAACUCUUGCAAAGACUUUGGUUGUGGUGUCUAAAGAUAGCAAUAACCUCCAGUUUGCAGCGGAGCUUAGUUCCCAAAUUCAAAAAUGUCAAGCUAUUCUGUCAACUGCUGCAAUGAUGGAAACUUCAUUGAUGAUGAAGGAAAUGGAGGAAGCAAUUCGUGAUAUGGGUCUCCUGCUCUACCAAGCGCAGCAGCUCCAUUAUGACAGUGCAACCAUGAUUAUGAAGAUGAAAGGUCAGUUGUUAUCUCUUGAUGAGAAGAUGAAAUUUGAAACUGAAAAGAGCACCAAAUAUGGACAAAUAGCUGCUGAAGAACUGCCAAAAGGCCUAUAUUGUUUUGGUAUUAGGCUUACUAUGGAAUGGUUCAGGAAUCGAAAUCUUCAAAGAAAACUUUCAGAAGGAAGGCACACAUUUGAGAAGCUUAGGGACAAUAGCCUUUUCCAUUUUUGUAUUUUCUCUGAUAACAUCCUUGCUGCAUCAGCUGUGGUCAACUCUACGUCCAUGAACUCAAAGCAUCCAGAAAUGGUUGUAUUCCACCUGGUUACAGACGAGGUGAAUUAUGCUCCGAUGAAGGCCUGGUUCUCCAUGAACAAUUUCCAAGGUGCAACCAUUGAGAUCCAGAAGGUAGAGGAGUUCAGCUGGCUUAAUGCCUCGUAUGUCCCAGUUUUAAAGCAACUUCAAAACUCUGAAACACAGAGCUACUACUUUUCUGGAAGUGGUGAUAAACGAACACCAAUCAAGUUCAGGAACCCAAAGUACUUAUCAAUGUUAAACCACCUAAGGUUCUAUAUCCCAGAAGUCUAUCCAGCAUUACAAAAAGUGGUGUUCCUUGACGAUGACGUUGUUGUUCAAAAGGAUCUCUCAGAAUUAUUCUCAAUCAAUCUAAAUGGAAACGUGAUGGGUGCUGUUGAGACUUGCUUGGAGACAUUUCACAGGUUCCAUAAAUAUCUGAACUAUUCCCACCCUUUAAUACGAGCUUAUUUUGAUCCUGACGCGUGUGGAUGGGCAUUCGGAAUGAAUGUCCUUGACCUAAGGGAGUGGCGGGAGAAGAAUGUAACUGGAAUUUAUCACUAUUGGCAGGACAAAAAUGCUGACCAUUCCUUAUGGAAGCUUGGUACGUUGCCUCCUGGCUUACUGGCCUUCUAUGGGUUGGUGGAGAAGCUGGACCCCGAAUGGCAUGUGCUAGGGUUGGGAUAUACUCACGUCGAUCCGUUGAUAAUAAAAAAUGGUGCUGUAUUGCACUAUAAUGGAAACAUGAAACCCUGGUUGAAGAUUGGAAUGGAGAAGUACAAGGGUUUUUGGGAGAAGUAUGUUGAUUUCUCACAUCCUAUCUUGCAACAAUGUUUCAUUCAUGGGUAGACAUAUUAUGGGAUGAAUACAAGUGUUAUUCCUGUUAUCUAUGAGAUGGAAGAAAGCCUAGAUCUGCAGCAAUUGUUGAACUCGAGGAAUUGUAGACAGAUAUAAAUUGUUUCGUCGGACAAAUUUUCCACAAUGUCUUUGCAGCAAGUAUAACUCUUUGAUGUUAAGCAAGAUGGAUCUUAUCAUAGGUCAGCUGACCACGAUGCGGUGUGUUUUGUACUAAAACUAGAUGCUUGUUAAGCAAGUCUUUGUAGUAGACACACCAUCGACCUUAAUUUUUACAGAAACAAGAUUAAUUAUUCAUAGUUGA